AUGGCUUGCGGAGUUGUAGCUCAGCAUGGUCGUAGAUGGGAGAGAGUUUGCGUUCUGCCGCUUUCUCGCUUCGCUAAAGUCUUUCGAACUAUAAUGCCACUAACCCACCUUCUGAGUGGAAGACGUACCCACCGGUGGUCAAAACGAGGGUACAACGAUCAGUACGUGGGAAUAAAGCUCUCCCUUUCUUGCUCAUUCAGUGUAGGCCUGAUUCAAGUGUGCGUCAACCGUCUCUAUAUCCAACCCAUCUUAUCGCUCGGAAUCGCAUUCUAUCACAUUGGAUCCCGUAGAUUACGACCUUGA